AUGCCAAAGCAAGACAUUUAUCAGCUUCACCCAAACGGCUGGGAGAGCGACCCAGAAGUAGAAAUUCGCAAAGUAACCACGCUCGACUAUUUGGCAGCCUGCGUCUAUACGAACUAUGCUGCUUUUUUUAGGUUGGAUGAUGAUAAGAAGCAAUUGGCUGCUUCUACGCUGAAGGCUGGCCUCGAGCGGACUAUUACGCAAAUUAGACAUCUUAUUGGCACGAUCGAGAAAGAUGAAGAGAAAGGUGGUCACGUGUUCAUCAAGAAGAAGGAUAGCACAGUUCCUUUUCACGUUCAGUGGCUCGACUCGCCUGAGGACAAGGAUAAAUAUCCGUCCUUCGAUGAUCUCGAAAAGGCUAAUUUUGGAUCCGUGGCCAUGGGCGACCUCAAGAUUUGGAGUGUUGAACCUAUGACAUACGGGGAGAAGCCAGAGUCGCACCCUGACAAUCAUCCAAUCAUUUCAGCUUUCAAAGCUAACUUCAUUCGUGGUGGCCUAGUCCUGAAUAUGCACUUUCAUCAUUACGCCUGCGAUGUGAUGGGCAUGUCUGGAUUUGUAGAGCAAUUGGCCGAUAAUUGCUACGCCAUCGUGAAUAACACUCCGUUUCCUCCUUGGAGCGAUAACCACUUUGGCGUCCCGAACUUUAUCAAAGAUCUACCUCCCGAGGACCAGAUGAUUGACGGCCCUCCUCAGCCCCAGCGUCAUCCAGACCAUAUCGGGGCUACGAUGUACUUGUUUCACCUACCUAAGAGCAAAGCAGCGGAGUUGAAGAAGCUAGCUAGCCCCCACGACGGUACUUGGAUCUCAACUUAUGAUGCCUUCAUGGCAUUCCUCUUUCGGACGUCGACCCGGCUUCGCGCUCCCUUCUUUAAGCCAGAUAUGUCAUCGAAUGUCGCCUGGGCUCAAUCAAUGGAUAUGCGCAGACGGCUUCACACCCCAAAGUGUCCACCCCGCAUGCAAGGAAAUGUGUACUUCGUGGCGUCGACUACAAUGACUAACGUCCAACAGCCAACUGUUGCGCAGAUCAUUUCUGAAUGGCCCUUGUCUAGGCUGGCGCAAUACAUUCGUCAGAUGACCGACGAAGUAACCCAGGAACGUGUGGAUGAGGUGCUUAACCAGCUAGCACCGAUACGUGAUAAGCCAGCAUUGAUGACCCGCACAGAUUCAUUCCCACCAUUGUCAAACCUCCAGACUGACCACCGUGACGUCAAGGUCACCUUGUGCGAUUUUGGAUUUGGCAAGCCGAUCGGGUAUCGACAUGUCAUAGAUGUGGUCACUGAGAAUCUUACAUUUGUGUACCCGCCGCGCGACAGGUCCCCUGAAUCAGACGAGGGUCCUGAGCUCAGCAUCUCGUACGAGACGAAAUUAGCUGAUGGAUUAAUCAACGAUCCUGAAUGGAACAAAUAUUUCGAAUACAGAGGAAUUGACUGCGUUCACACCGGUCAGCACCACUAG